AUGGCAACAGAAUUUACAAAAGCAACAAAUAAGAAGUUUUUGCAAGAGUACGACAUUACAGUUGAAGAUGAUUAUAAAGACACGUUCGAAGGGUACUAUGCUGACUUGAAAGGCAAUAAAAUAACAAAGAGUAAAGAAGAAUUAAUGAAAGAUUUUAAGACUGUUGCACAGAUUAAUUCUGAAUGUCCAGAAACCAUGAAUCCGUCCAUGUGGAAACACACGUUUUUAGACGACUUGGAAGGUGUUUUUGAAAUUGUUCCCAAUGAAAUUUAUCAAGUGAGAGCACGAUCGUUGGACUUUGCGAAUUUGACUGUAGUUAGAGGACAGAGUGGGUGGAUAGUUAUUGAUUGUAUGACGACUAAUUAUGCGAGUAGAACAUCAUUUAAUUUGAUAAGACAGACAGUAGAAGAUAUGAAGGCAUCUGCUAUAAUCAUCACACAUUCUCAUGGUGACCACUAUUUGGGUUUUGGAGGUGUAGGUAACGAAGACAUUCCACUCUACUUACCCGACAAAUUUGAUGAAAUGAUUUACGACGAGAGAGUGACUGCUGGGGAUAUCAUGAGUCGAAGAGCAAAGUACAUGUAUGGAUGUUAUGACCAACAUGCAAUUACACAUUGCACUACAAAUGUAACAUGUGCAGAAGGUGAACAUUUGACAUCAAUUCCCUAUUCAAAGCACACCACUUAUAUAAAAGAGAAUAUCACUCUGAACGUUGAUGGUGUUGAUGUGGAAUUUAUUAACACUCCUGAUACUGAGGCGCCUGCAAAUAUGAUGUGUUACUUCCCAAAAUUACAUGCACUUGCUGCUGCUGAUAACAUGUUGCAAUUCUUACACAACUUGUUGACAUUCAGAGGUGCCAAAGUGAGAAGUGGGAAAGUGUGGAGUAAAGUCAUUGAUGACACUAUAGUGAAAUAUGGUACAGAUGUCCAAGUGCACUUUGGAGGACAUGAUUGGCAUAUUUUGGGAAAUGCAAAGAUCAACAAGUAUUGGGAAGUCCAAAGAGAUAUGUUUAAAUAUCAACACGACCAAGCCUUGAGAUAUGCGAAUAAAGGAUACUCCCCUAAUGAAAUCGCAGAAAUAGUGGAAUUGCCAAAGAGUCUUUCUAAAUAUCAUUGUUGUAGAGGACUUUAUGGGAACGUUGGAUUUAAUGUGAAGUCCCAAUUUCAAAUGUAUCUUGGGUGGUACGAUAACAAUCCAGCACAUCUGAACGAACUUCCGCCAAAGGAAAUUGCUAUCAAGUAUGUUGAAGGGUUUGGAGGUGAAGAGAAGACAUUAGAAAUUGGUAAAAGAGCAUAUGAUAAAGGAGAAUAUAGAUGGGCAGCUACUGUUUUGAAUCAUUUGGUAUUUGCAAAUUACAAGAACAAAGAAGCGAAAGAGAUGCUUGCAAAGACUUACGACCAAUUGCAGUACCAAUCCGAAUGUGCUUCAUUUGCGUAUAAUUAUCAAGCUGCUGCAUAUGAACUGAGGCAUGAAGAUGCAAAAAGAAGCUAUCCAAGAGGAGUUUCUUUGCACGACCUCCCUUUAAGUGCUUUGAUGGAAUUCUUGACCGUUUGUGUCGAUCCAAAAAUACUUGGAGAAAUGAAUUCUUCCUUUGAAAUUAAGUUGGAAGACACAUGUGAAAGUGUUGUGCUAGUAGUCAGUAAUGGUGUUGUUCAUACACGCAAGUUAAGCGAAUUCAAAAAUGGUGUUAAAGGCAACAAAGAUGACGUAUGUGACUUAUUUGAGAAGAAAAUUUCAAUUGAAGAUGCAUUGAAAAAGGGCGUUGAAAUAAAAGGAAUGGAAGACGUUGAAAUUCUUAUUAAUGCCGUGGAGUUUAAAGUGAAUGAAUUCUUGUUGUGUGAUCCAAACAAACUUUAA